UUUCCUGUUCAAAGGACUGCUUUCACACAGACUCUUGCAGAAUUAGCACACGCACACACCGUUCAUCUCAUCGACCAUCGCUCUGGCUUCGGCUCUGAUCAGUUGAAACAAUGUAUGGAUCAGGGAUAUUGAUCCUCCUGCUCCUGAAUUUUGGAGCUGCUGAGGCUGCAGAUGGAGUGUGUUAUGUCCUUGAUGGGAUUUUGGUUGUUUAUGGCAUCAUCCUGACGAUCCUCUACUGCAGACUAAGGAUGCAGUCUGGAAAUAAAGAGACAAAUGAAGAGAACCCAGAUGGCAUCUACCAGGGUUUGAAGCAUCGCAAUCAGGACACCUACGAGACGCUCCAUGUGAAGAAGCAACCUUUGGCAUAAUUGUUUGAUAUUUUAAUCUUUCUGAUUUACAACAACUCUGCCUGUCGAAUAAGCAUUUCCUUUCUGUCAAAUUCCUGUAUAUCUGUUUUAUGUUUUGCUUACUAACAUAUUUUAUUUUUACAUUUGGUUAACCAGCUUGCUUUUCACCAUUUGUUGGCAUUUAAACCUUUCCUUUUACAUUAUAUAACUUACUAAGAGCUGAAUGUAUAUGCCUUGUACUUUUUUUUUAUAUUUUAUAUAAUUAGAUUAUAGGUUAAUCACUAUAUAAUUAUGAUCUAGCAGACAUAAUUUUAUAAUUAUGUCAAUUAUAUUCAAAACACAGUGCUAUUAAAUAUUAUUACUUUGCUAUAAGACCAAAGAUGGUGAAUGUACAGAAAGAAGCCUUUGAAAAGAGAUCAAAUCAUUGAUAAGAAUAAAUAAAGUCUUGGAUCCACCAUGACCCUGACCAGGAGUGGCGAUUGAUGAUAAAUGAAUGAAUAGUUUGAAAACAAGCACAAGAAAGAAGUCAAAAACUAGCCAUGCCUCACUCAGGAAGAAGAUUGCUAUUUGAAGAAGGCAGUGUAUAACAUCUGGCAGAGUUAUAACAGAUGUGUCAGGAAGAAUAAGGGCUUGGAGGAUAUACAGAGUCUGAAAGCAGUUAUAAAAACAAAGGCUAAGCAUACAAGUUACUAAAGAGUAUUUAUAUCACUUUCAGAAUGGGUGUCACAUUUAUUUUUGUUAUUUAUGAAUGUCUUCAAUGCAACCUAACAUUAAAUGUUUUCUUGA